UCGGAACAGGUUCUGUGGCAAUGGAGUAUUUGAAAACACUGCGUUACAUUCUUCAGAACAUGUUCUGACUGUUCUAAUCUAAUCGAGGUGCAGCGCACCUGCUGAGGGCUCCGUCACAUGUUGCAAGAUGGCUGACAGACGAACGAUUUUUCAGUGCGAACCUUGCAAUCGUCUUUUUGAUGACAUGACUGUCUUUGCAAGACAUAGCUGCGCACAGACGGAUUCUGGAGGCUAUGAUGCACCAACUUUAUUUGGGGAGCAAGAGGCUAUAGACUCACCAACUGAUAACAGUUGUUCAACUUCAAGUUCUAGUGAAGCAUUGUUGUACUGGACAAGACCGGCAACGUUAUUGCUUAUUGAACAAUAUAAAAAAAUAACUGAAGGCAGUAAAAUGAAAAAAAAGAAGAAAUGUGGAAAGAAAUUUCUUUGUACUUUGAGCAACAUAACUACACUUUCACUCCCUCACAAUGUGAAGGAAGAUGAAAAACCUUAAUAAGGGGCUUGAAGAAUGUUACCGACCAUAAUAGAAAUUCUGGAAAUAAUAGAAAGACACAUCCAUAUGCAGAGGCCUUAGAAUUCUUGGCAAAAAUGCCAAAUAUACAGCCUAAAUAUGUGUUAGACAGUAGUGUCAGCUCGAAUGAUGAAGUUGUCGAAGCUGAAUGUAUAUUUGAUUACAUAUUUAUACAAAGUUUCAAUUAGAAUUUGUGUUUUCUGCAUCAGCUUAUUCUUAGCCAACAGUUUCAAUGUAAUAAGGU